UAGUGUUCGAUGUACGCUUGUGUUGCAGUCGCGUGACGCGUCAACAUGAGGAGUGUGGAGCUAGUUCUGUGUUUGUGCCUGUGUCUGGGCGCGCGGGGCGAGGGCGGCGAGCGCGAGGCGCGCCUGGUGCGCAGCCCGCAAGGCCCGGUCAAGGGCUACAAGGACCCCGGCGACAGCAUAUUCGUCUUUUACGGGAUCCCCUAUGCCACAGCGCCUACGGGAGCUGAUAAGUUCAAGGCUCCUCUUCCUGCUUCAACGUGGUUAGAACCUUUGGAAGCUGUUGACGACAACAUAAUAUGUCCUCAAGCUGAACUUCAUCAUGUUGCCUUCGAAAAUAAGACCAAACAGGAAAACUGUCUUAUUGCAAAUGUUUUCGUACCAGAUACCAACCAAAAGAAACUACCAGUGGUAGUCUACGUGCAUGGAGGAGCAUACCAAGUUGGGUUUGGAAAUCUGCACACACCCAAAAACUUAGCAAGAAGCAAGAGAGUUAUCGUAGUAACAUUCAACUAUCGCCUCGGAGUUCACGGAUUUCUUUGUUUAGGCACUGAAAAAGUACCAGGAAAUGCUGGAAUGAAAGAUCAAGUACAACUUUUACAUUGGGUCAAAAGAAAUAUAGCAAGUUAUGGGGGAAACCCAGAAGAUGUCACCCUAGCAGGGUACAGUGCAGGCUCUUCAGCCGUCGAUUUGUUAAUGAUUUCGCCUAUUACCAGAGAGUUAUUUAACAAAGUUAUUUCUGACAGUGGAUCAAACUUAGCCCCUUGGUCAGUUCAAGUAGACCCACUUGAAAAUGCAAAAAUCUUUGCAAAAUCGAAUGGUUUUGAAAAUGUAGUUGACGUGUACGCUUUGGAAGAGUUCUACACUACAGCAAGCUAUGAUGUGCUAACAUCAGACCCUUUUAUGGACAGAACUGACUUUACGUUCGUGUUCUCACCAUGUAUAGAACGUAACACAGAAGGUGCUUUCCUCACUGAAUCUCCAUACAACAUUUUAAAGAACGGCAACUAUAGAAAAGUGCCAGUUUUGUUAGGUUUUGCCGGAAUGGAGGGCUUAUUCAGAUUAAAUCUAUUUGAAACGUGGAAGGAUAAAAUGAACGCAGACUUCUCUGCUUUUCUACCGCAAGACUUACAAUUUGAAAGUGAAGAACAAAAAGCAGCAGUUGUUAAAAAUAUCAAAGAGUUUUAUUUUGGCAAAAAACCAGUUAGUGCAGAUGAAGAAUCUGUAUUGUCUUAUAUUAAUUUUAUGUCUGAUUUAUAUUUCACUUAUUCAACUUUAAGAGCUUUGAAUUUGCACGUGAAUGCAGGACAUGACAAAAUAUUCUUGUAUGAAUACAAUUUUGUUGAAGACUCUACGCCUAUUGUACCCCAUACACAAGACGUGAGAGGAGCUACACAUUGUGCUCAAACCAUCGCUGUACUUGAUGGAAGUAAUAUUGAUGUGCCUUCCGAAGACGAGAGUAAUAUCUCUGACGAACUAAGAACUAUGAAAAAACUAAUGCGUGAACUAUGGCUUAACUUUAUGAUGACGGGGAGUCCGGUGCCGGCGGGCUCCGGGCUGCCCGCGUGGCCGGCGGCGGGCGCGGGCGGCGCGCCGCACAUGUCGCUGGCGCGCACGCUGCGGCUGCGCGGCGCGCUGCUGGAGGAGCGCGCGCGCUUCUGGGACGCCAUCUACGAGCGCCACUACCGCGCGCCCGCGCCGCCGCCGCCGCCGCCUGCCAGGCGUUCCGAACUUUAAAACAUAAUUAUAAUUUUUGUAAAAUUGUGAGCUCUGAUGGAUGUUGGGCCCCCGCCCACUGUGAUAUGGAAUGCCAGGGGCCAGUCCCCCCCCUGAAAAAUAAUACGCUAAUGCUGUCCUAACUAUUAUCGUAAUAUGAAAUAAAUGAUUAUUAUUUUACUACAAUUAAUGUAGUUUUAUUCUUUACAAAGCUAUCAUUUGGGGGGUAGUAUUUAACUGUACCCGGUCUAACCCGGUUUACCAGAUUACCGGAGUACAAGUCUUACCUCCGUAAUACUUGCUAAAGAGGUUUCAGUAUUGUUUUUUUUUU